UUCACACGAGAUUCUCUUCGGGACCUGGAGCUGAUCGAAGGCCGGAAGCUGGUGUUGGCGUGCGAUGGGUCAAGUGGUCAAGCAGCCAGACUUCUGGGCCUCAGUGAUGAGUUCGCCCAGCAUUCCUGCAGAGCUUAUGGUGCAGUAGCAGCCCUAGACAGACCGGAUGAGUGUCAAGUCCCCAUGCCGGAACGACAGAUGCAUAACUUACAUUUCGAUUUGACAGCCUAUGGUUCGGAGACGGCCGAGGUGGAUGGGUUCCAGGGAUUUUCCUUCAAGGUUUUCGGCACAUCGCGGCAUAGAUUCAUGUCCCUAUCUAUACCCAAAUGCGAGUCUCCUCAAGUCAAGAGCCUAAGGACCGUUUUAGACAGAUCUAUGAUGCGGAACAUUUUUCUAAAAUGUUUCAACACUUAUAAAGCAGAGGGCGAGCCACGGUUGAGCGACUCCAUCGCAGUGACGCACAUGAAAUUCAGUCCCCGCCUGUUUGAGGUGAAGCUGUCUCAGAGACUGGAGACGUCUGCAUACUUCCAGGACAGCAAUAUGUUUGUGCUAGCAGAAGGCGAGGCUGCGAGAUGUUAUAAUAUUCAUACUGGAAUGGACGUGAAUGUGGGAAUCAAGGGCUUGAUGAGUCUGUCCAACUUUAUCUCUGUGGUCUGUGUAGCAGACAGUGAGCAUGCAAUCCUUAAAGCCCUGAUGCAGAAAAACAAAGAUGCCGACAGAAUCUGCAGGGACUUCAUCAAAAGCGGAUUGGUGGAGUAUCGUAUGUUGAAAGUCUGUAAAUGA